ACUUUUUUACCUUCGCUUCAAAUUUUUUGUUGAAUUGCUACUAAACUUCUGCGGUUUCGUGCGGUUUGCGUUUUAAUCCAGACUUCAACAGCAGCUUUCAAGACCAAAAAUUAGAAAUUGAGAUGUCUUCAGACGAAGCUAUGAGUGUAGUAGGGAGUGAGGUAAUGCCCUUGGAGUAUGGUGGUAUGGAUUCGGAGACCAGUCCGUCUCCGACUAGUUCGGAGAGGACGGUAGGGGAUAGAAUGGAGCAAGGGGUAAUAGAAGAGGAGGAGGAUGAAAUCCCCUCAAAUAUUUUGGAGGCCGGAAAUGGCGUAGAUGGGUGUUAUGACCCAGAUUUAGAGGUAGUGGCCGAGGUGAGGGGAUUUGUGAGUGAGUUGGGUAGCAGGGAUAGUCUAAGGGGUCUCGUGGGUAACUGCAACCUUCCUCACCAUGUCCUACUUAGGCCUGCCGGGGUGAAUGAGAGGGCAUGCUCAGCACCCCGUGAUCAUUGGAUGCCCGUAUACCUGCAUUACUUGAUUGCAGGGCUUAGGUUUCCCAUUCCAGAAUUACUGGUGGGGUUGUUAUUAGAUUACAAUAUAGGAAUGACCCAGCUAACUCCCAAUGCUAUGAGGGUAGUAAUAGGCUUUCUUGUAUACUGCAGAGUUCGGGGGGUUGGGUUUCCAACUGUAAAUAUGUUCAAACAUUUUUUUAUAAUUAAGGCUGGGGGUAGGGGAGAGAAGGGAUGGUACCACUUCGGUCCUCGGUCGUCCAACAAAGAGAAUAAGAAUUUAUUCUCUCCUGGGCCGUCAUCCAUCAAAGGGUGGAAAGAAAAUUUCUUCUUUGUGGAUGACACCGAGUGGAGUAGGAGGGAUUCCGAAGUGGAACAGUUGUCUGCUUGGAAAGCGAAGAAAACCAAGCAGAACAACUAUAAGUUGAAUGAGGAUGAGGUGGAGGAGGUGAAGAAGCUGGUGAGGGAAGACGGAGACGUGUUGGACAUCUUAUACCUCACCAGUUCGCAAGCGAUAGAGGCUGCUGAGCUCUAUGGGCCAAGCUCUUUGAGCGAAGCUGAGAUGGAGGAGUUUACCAAUGCUGCUGGCGGGCUGCGCAUCCCCAAGAAGCCAAGGAAGAAGGCGACGACUUCAGCUGUGGCAAACAGAGGGGUUCCCGGGAGAGAGCUCCUGCCCAGCACUUCAGCCCAGGCCAUGGAGGUGCAGCCAAGGCCGGAGCCUUUGAUGGGGGUCAGCGAGGAUGUAAGUGAGGAGACGGCACCGCUCCAGAGGAAGAAGAGGAGGGUGGCAGAGCUAGAAGGUAGGGGGGAUGAGGUGGUGGAGUUCGUGCCUCAACCUGCCCCUCCAGAAAUCGAUCCUGAGGUCCAGGAGAGGGGAGAGACCGAGGUGCAAGGCCUUAGUGGGGACAGGGAACGCACCCCACCCUCCACGUACCAGAAAAGUUUGUUCGAGACGACAAACAUGACUGGGGCUAAGCAUUUUCUCAAUGCGACGCUUCCUGACGUGGAUAGGGUUCAGGCGAAGAACGAGGUGGCUAGCCACGCGGGGUAUACCGUGGUGAGGCACGCCCUAGAGAGUGCGAGCUGGACAAACGCUCUAGCGCAGGAGUACACAGAGAGCGUUAGAGAUCGUGCCAGCUUGCAGAGGCAGUGCGAUGCCUUGCGAAAGGAGAAGGAGGAGCUCCAGAAGGAAAAGGGGGAGUUGCAGAAGAAGAACCAGCAGAUUCAGAGGAGGCUGGACGAGAUGACACCAACAGUGACAGAGCUCCAAAGUAGUAACAAUGUCUUGAGCACGAAACUCUCUCUCGAGGAGCGAAAAAGGAAAAUUUGCGAAGAGAAGCUCGAGGCUCAAGACAAAUACAUCGAGAGCCUGAAGAAGGGGGCAUUGGAGCUGAAGAAGGACGUGGAGCUGUUGGUGCACAACGGAAUGGAAGGUCAUAUUGGCAACUUCCUCAACUCCAGCUCCUUCGAGGACAUUCUCAAGCUGUACCGGCUGCCAACCGCAAUCGUGGCCUUCACUGAUUGUAGAAAGAAAGUGAAGGCCCAGUACCCAGAGGUGGACGUGACAACAGUCACCUUUGGGGAACAAGAAGAAGGGGUGGAGGAUGAUGGAGAGAGCCUCUGUGCUAAUUUCCGACCUCAGAUUACGCUGAGGUGGGAGCGUGAUGCAGAGGGGCGCACCAUCUUUCCUCCAGCCUUUGACGCUGAGUUGGUGGCCGUGGAGGGAGAAGAAGAAGAAGGUGCACAAGGCGCUGGAGUUGAGGAUUCAUCAGCAAUGGCCGAAGUACAGCCUCCCGAAGUGCAGCCUUCCGAAGUGCAUCCUGUCUCCUCCGACGAAGUGCAGGUGCUGCCUCCUGGAAUGACUGCUUCGGUUCCGAAGGCCAGAUGAUAAGGUGUUUCGCCUAUUUCAGUGGAU